GUUAAUAAUCAAGUGAAGAUUCCAACAUACAUCACUGAUAGAUUCAUUAUCACCACCACUGGCAUAGCAGCGACUGUGAACAUCACUGACAUUAACGUUCAGAUUAGAGUCAGUGCUUCAGAAGUCUCAAUCAGACUCCCGUUUUCCUCCUUCCGUAAUAAUACAAAGGGACAAUGCGGUUGUUGUGACAACAGCAACACAAAUGACUGCCAGUACCCUAACGGAACAAUCAACAGUUUAUGUGAGAAAACGGCAGCAUUUUGGAAUGUUUCUGAAUGUACACCUCCACCAUCACCUCCGGUUCCACCUAUACCUCCAGUCGUACCUCCCUGUGAAAUCCUCAAGAACAAUGUGUUUAAAAGCUGCCAUGAUGUCGUUCCCUACGAUGAGUAUUAUCAAGCAUGUAAAUAUGAUGUGAUCACUAUGGGAAAUGAGUCUUAUGGCUGUGCUAGUGUGGAGUCCUAUGCACAAUUAUGUAGCCGUAAAUCUAUCUGUGUGGACUGGAGAAGCUCACCUGAACUUAAAGGGCUUUGUGAUUUCAAGUGUCCCAGUUCCAAAGUCUACAAGGCAUGUGGACCGAAAGUGGAAAAAUCCUGCAGUACAUCGUACAACACAAUGUAUGCGGAUACACAAUGUCAAAGCAACGAUUGUAACCAAACAUUAGCAGAAGGUUGUUACUGUCCCGAUGGACAAUAUCGGGUUAAUUUGACAUCAAAUUUGUGUACAGCUUACUGUGACUGCAUUGGCCCUGAUGGAUCACCUAGAAAGCCUGGAGAAAUCUGGACAUAUCAGUGUUACAACUAUACAUGCCUUAAUGCUGGUGUCUAUGUAAAAGCUCCUGUAACGUGUCAAACUGUAAAUACCUGUGGUGAUGGAUACAAAAGCGCUGUUAAAAACUGCUGUCCAACAUGUGUUUGUGAUUUUGAGCAAUGUCUUCAGAAGAAAUGUGAUGUGGGAUUUGAGUUAGCGUUGAAUAAAACUGAAGGCAGUUGCUGUCCACCCUGCGUGCAAAAGGAUGUCUGCGUGUACAAUAGCUCUGAGUACAAGGUUGGCGUCUACCAUUUCACAUGUCAAACUUUAAACUGUCGUCAAGUUAAUGGCUCAUUUGUGGCAGAGAUGACCACAACUCAGUGCCCUUACUUGAGUUCACAGGACUGUGGGCCUGGCUUUGAAUAUGUGAAACAAGAAGGAGAUUGUUGUGGAACAUGUGUGCAAACGAAAUGUACUUACAUGAUGGACAACACCACAUACACACUUCAGGUUGGAGAAGGUCACAGUUACAAAUGUGAAAAUGUGACCUGUAGUAUCAUUAGUGGCUCUCCUGUGACUGAGAGGAACUCUGAGAAGUGCACUUACUUGAGCUCACUUGACUGUAAACUUGGCUCUGAAUAUGUGUAUCAAGAAGGAGAUUGUUGUGGAACAUGUGUGCAAAGGAACUGUACUUACAUGAUAGACAGCACCACAUACACUCUUCAGGUUGGAGAAGUUCACAGUUACAAAUGUGAAAAUGUGACCUGUAGUGUCAUUAGUGGUUCUCCUGUGACUGAGAGGAACUCUGAGAAGUGCACAUACUUGAGCUCACUUGACUGUAAACUUGGCUCUGAAUAUGUGAAACAAGAAGGAGAUUGUUGUGGAACAUGUGUGCAAAGGAACUGUACCUACAUUAUGGACAACACCAUGUAUACUCUUCAGGUUGGAGAAGUCCAGAGUUACAAAUGUGAAAAUGUGACCUGUAGUAUCAUUAGUGGCUCUCCUGUGACUGAGAGGAACUCUGAGAAGUGCACUUACUUGAGCUCACUUGACUGUAAACUUGGUUUUGAAUAUGUCAAUCAAGAAGGAGAUUGUUGUGGAACGUGUGUGCAAAGGAACUGCACUUACAUGAUGGACAACACCACAUACACUCUUCAGGUUGGAGAAGUUCACAGUUAUAAAUGUGAAAAUGUGACCUGUAGUGUCAUCAGUGGCUCUCCUGUGACUGAGAGGAACUCUGAGAAGUGCACUUACUUGAGCUCAGUUGACUGUAAACCUUUCUUUGAAUAUGUGAAAAAAGAAGGAGAGUGCUGUGGAACGUGUAAACAAACAUGUUGUUUUUAUGAAGCGCCAGACAACACCACGCAUACUCUCAAGAAUGGAGAGGCAUACACAUCCAAAUGCGAGACCGGUACCUGUCAUGAAGUGAAUGGCUUGUUUGAGACUGAGAAGAAGAUUAAGGAAUGCCCUCCAUUUAAUCUAGACGACUGUGAGCCUGGAACAAUAAAAUUUGACUCGGAUCAAUGCUGUUACACAUGUGAAACUCGCAACUGUGUUCGUCAGAGAAAUAUCACCCGUCUGCAAGUGGAUGACUGCACUUCUGUACAGGAUAUAGAAAUUACAUCCUGCACUGGCCACUGCGGCUCCAUGUAUUCACUGUACGCCAAUCAAAUGACCAGCUGCUCCUGCUGCCAGAAAGAUAAGUCUACCAGUUUACCAGUGAAGCUGAAGUGCACCAAUGGAACAGAGAUCGAUUAUAACUACACUUACAUAGAGACAUGCAAAUGCACUCCAAUGAAGUGUGCAGACAAGCAUUAAAGGCAAAUAAGAGAUCCUGCUUUAAAUUUGACUCUGUAAUCUGACACUGAGAAAACUCCCAAUUUAAACUAUAUAUCAGAAAUUAAUGAUAGUGAUGAUUUAAGCUAGCUAUAUAUUUAUAUAUUGACCUACAUUUUUACCCAGGGAUAUGUUUCAUUCUAAGUAUAGUCUGUUUUGUUAUCACUCCAAGAGGAUUCUGGGCACUUUUGUUUUUUAUUCAUUAUAAUCUCUGUUAAUGCAUGAUAUAAACCUGUGUUUUCAAUCCAAUCAAAUGAAUUAAAUCAUAAUAAUAAGCAUCAA